GAGAAAAGAGACUUUUCCUUUCGUCAAUACCUUUGCAUUGGUCUUGCUUCGUAUACAACGCCAGACGGAUACACGCGUUUAUACGAAUAUUUCUAAUUUCUUUCCCAUUUUCUCCUUUCUCUCUCUCUCUCUGUCUUUCUCUCUCGCUUUCGCUUUCGCUUUCUGUCAGAGUCAACAGCAACCUUUCUCUUCCGAAUAAUUCAAUCGAAUUGAUAAUCGGCAUUUCUUCCUUCCUUCAAUUCGAACAACAUUUCAAUUGAUACCAAAAACAACAAUUCAAUUACCCAUUACAUCUCUCUUCUUUUUGCUACCAUUGUUGCUAAAAAAGCUGUGGACUUGUGAUCUCCGGCGUCGUUUUGAUCAGCUUCCGCUCUGGGGGUAAGAACCCGCUAUCUUUGUUUGUCUAUUUUGAGUUUUAUUUGAUCGGCUUCAGAAACCCUUCUGAAUGGGGGAAGAGAUGAGGAAAUAAUGGAAAUAGUUCCGUGGGGUUUUAAUCUUUUCAUCUUUUGCUUCGAGAGAUCGUAGCUGCUUGUUCAAAUUUGUUGUUAAAGCUUAUUUGUUGACCUGGGCAUGAAUGUGUGAUCAUCAUCACCUAAGGUUGCCAAAUUGUGGAAAUAUGGCAGUCUUGUGAAAUUUGUGGGGUCUUUUAGGGGCUUAAUUGUUAGUUUUAAGCUUCAUUUGUUUUCCAUUCAUCAGUAUCAAUCAAUAGUGAAAAUGUCGUCCGCUGGUGUCACUACUCUUAGUGUGGUUCCUAGUGAGCCAUUGCUGUCUCCAAAGCCAUUCCAUUUCCCAUCAUCAUCACACUUGUCUUUGGAAGAUCAAUCCAUUUUCAUAUAUCUCUCCUUUUCGGGCUCAUUGACUCCAAUCCGUGUUAUGGAAUGGGAUACCAUUGAGUCUGUGAAAUUCAAAAUCCAAAGGAGCGAGAGCCUUCCAUUUUUAACCAACAAACAAAAGUUGGUUUAUGCCGGCCGAGAGCUGGCGCGAAGUAAUUCGUUGCUCAAGGACUAUGGAGUAACGGAUGGAAAUGUAUUGCAUUUGAUAAUCAAACUGUCAGAUCUUCAGGUCAUCAAUGUGAAAACUUCUUGUGGGAAGGAAUUCACGUUCCAGGUGGAACGCGAUAGGGAUGUUGGGUAUCUAAAGCAACGUAUUGCCAAAAGGGAGAAGCAAUUUGAUGAUCCUGAGGAGCAGGAACUUGUGUGCAAUGGGGAAAGGCUUGAGGAUCAGAGGCUUAUUGAUGAUAUCUGCCGCAAACAUAAUGAUGCUGUGGUACAUUUGUUUGUUAGAAAAAAGCAUGCCAAAGUUCAGAGAAGACCCCUUGAGUUGUCUGUUGUAGCAACAGAUUUGAUUGAUAAGAGAAAAAAUGAUGUCAAUGGAAAUGCUUGUGGGAGUAAUUAUGAGGUUGGUAAAGAAGAUACUAUUAGGAAGUCCGAUGCAAUUCAAAGAGCCGUGCCUAGAAAGCUUCCUGGUAGAGAUUUUAUUUUGGAGCCAGUUAUUGUUAACCGUAAAAUCGAAUUAGCUCCAGCAAUUUGGAAUAUGGUGAACUCUACAUAUGAUGGACUAGAUAGCGGAAACUAUCCAAUCAGAUCUGCAGAGGGUUCCGGGGGAGCUUACUUUAUGCUUGAUUCAUCUGGGCAAAAGUAUGUGUCUGUUUUUAAGCCUAUUGAUGAAGAACCAAUGGCUGUGAAUAAUCCUAGAGGCCUUCCUUUUUCGGUAGAUGGUGUAGGGUUAAAAAAAGGUACAAGAGUUGGUCAAGGAGUAUUCAGGGAAGUUGCAGCCUAUGUUCUAGACCAUCCAUUGAGUGGGCGCCGCUCAUUAUUUGGUGAGAAGAAGGGCUUUGCUGGUGUUCCCCCAACAUUGAUGGUGAAGUGCUUGCAUAGAGCAUUUAACUAUCGUGGAGAGUUGACUGCUAAGAUUGGCUCCAUGCAGAUGUUUGUGGAAAAUAGUGGAAGUUGUGAAGAUAUGGGGCCUGGGGCUUUCCCCGUAAAGGAAGUGCAUAAAAUUACUGUGUUGGACAUAAGACUGGCAAAUGCAGAUAGGCAUGCUGGGAAUAUUUUGAUCAGCACAGAAGAGGACAGUGAUCAGUCUGUUCUGAUUCCAAUUGAUCAUGGAUACUGCUUGCCCACAAAUUUUGAAGAUUGUACCUUUGAAUGGCUUUAUUGGCCCCAAGCUCGCCAGCCAUACUCCUCAGAAACUAUCAACUACAUAAAAUCGCUGGAUGCUGAAGAAGAUAUUUCCCUUUUGAAGUUUCAUGGAUGGGAUUUGCCAGUUGAAUGCGCCCAUACACUUAGGAUUUCAACCAUGCUAUUGAAGAAAGGGGUAGAAAGGGGAUUGACCCCUUUUGCCAUUGGAAGCCUGAUGUGCAGGGAAUCCUUGAACAAGGAAUCUGUGAUUGAGGAAAUAGUCCAAGCUGCAAUGGAUUCUGUUCUUCCUGGAACAAGUGAAGCAACAUUCAUGGAUGCUGUUUACCAUAUCAUGGACAAGCGCCUUGAUGAGAUUGUCAGCUCUCGUUCAUAAUUAGAAUUGAAUUCUGCAAUAAUGACAGGUAUAUAGGGUGAUGUCAUUGUGGACAUAUGUUUACGUACAUAUGUAUAGCUCAAAUAAUUGGUCUUUUAGUUCAUGACAAAGGAAGUAAUUCUUUGUUUGGGAUUUGGAAGUGAAACCACUCUUAGCUUUAACUUCCUAGGUUUUACAUUUUAGCAGUUUCUUGCGGAUAACAAAUUCUUUCAAGUUUGUUGUUGAUUUCUUUAUUAAAUUUGAAUUCAAGAGAAAGUAGAAAGGCUCUUUCCCUCUGUAUUGUAGUUUAACACACUUAUCUUGCAACGAGUGUUGUCAACUACAAGGUUGUGUUUGUUAGGAGUGUAAAUGGAUGUGUGGAAAAUGAAGUGGAUUUUACGGUGUUUGGAUUGGAUACAGUAAAAUUAGAUGUGUUGUCAUUUUCUAUCCAUUUUCAGUGUGUACACAUGUUGACAUUAGGUGAAUAAGUAACUUAUAAAAUGGUAAAUAC